AUGGAUAGAAAUAGAGAAGCUAGAAGAGUACCGAUGGCGGCGGCCGGAAAUGGCUUGUCCAGGCGGAGGCAUAGAGCCGGAAGUUUCAGAGAUUCCCCAGAGGAGGAGGGUCCGGUGGAGCUACCGGAGGCCGCGAGGCUGAGAGAUCGAGGUGGUAGCACGAAAAAGGAUAGAGAUCGGGAACGUGAUAGAGACAGGGAGAGGGAAAGAGAACGGGAUAAUAGGGAGAGAGAUCGGUUAAAUAGCCGGAGUAAAAGGAGGAGAGGAGAACGGUUGAUGAUGGUUCACGGUAAUAUAGACGACGGCGGCGACGAUAGCUCCGAAGAGAGUGUCAACGACGAUGAAGAAUAUGACGACGGCGGUGGAGGCGUAGGACCACCUUCCUCCAUGAAGAUGCUUCCUCCGACGAGCAAUAUCUCCGCCGCUCCGUUUUCAUCGUCUCUGUCAAAUCACCACAACGGCAGCGGUAAUCUCCACCAUCACCACCACAACCACCAUCAGAGGAAGAACUUUCCUCCGACAUCGAAAGUUUUCAGAUCGUCUCCAUCUCCGGCGCCGGUAUCCCCUCUCGUCUCGUCUUGGAAGGCCGCAGACGAGAUGAUCGGCGUAUCGGUUCCUAGAAAAGCUCGGUCAGCUUGUACGAAGAGACCGCAUGAAUCAUGGGCAUCGAGUGCUACCGGCGGUGGUGUUUUUGCUUCCGGCGAACAAAUCCACCGGCAAGUAUCGACGUCUCCAGCUAGAGUUAGUCCGGCUUCCAUUUUAGCGUCUCCGUCUCCUCCAGCUCCUACAUCGCCAUCUUCAUCCAGCGUUUCAGUCCGGAAAAAAAUGCCGUCGGGGACAAAACAGAAGCCGCUUCCACCGAAAUCAUCAUCGUGCAAGUUACCAUCUCCGGUGGCCGUUCAAGACGAGAUCGAGAUCGAGAUUGCAGAGGUGUUGUAUGGCAUGAUGAGGAUGCCUCUAGCCACAUCAAAACAAGAGUCCGCCGGUAACGAUUUGGGGGAUGCAGGAGCGAAACCAACGGUAGACGUCAAAUCCAGAGUAUCUUCACCGAUCUCCAAUUCCCAAACUGUUCCUCAGUCUUCCAUGACGCUUGCUGCAAAUUCGAGCUCCUCUAAUGUUUCAGCCAUCGCUCCUAAAAGAAAGAAGCCGAGGCAUGUCAAAUACGAUGACGAGAACAGUUUCAGUUUACCAUCACGCGCCAUUAAAUCCGAAGCUGAAGCUCCUUCGAAAAGUCAAGUUCCGUUCGGUGAUCAGCUAAAGAGGUCAGGAUCCGCCGAAGAAAACAGCUCCGUAUUGGAUCCGAUCAAUCUACCUCAGAGAGAAAGCAACGCAGCGUUAGAUUCGAGAAAAGAAAACACUAUGUCCCAGGAGAAAGCAGUAUUGCCGAAAGUGGAAUCGUCUUCAGGAUUUAGAUCCGAUGGUGGCGGAGCUAAAUCAAGUUCGCCGGAGAAGGAGAAGUUUGAGAUAGAUCUGAUGGCGCCACCGCCGGUUAGAUCUUCAUCGGAGAGAGGCGGUGAGAUGGAAUGUGUGGCAGCGGAAGCUAAACCUAAAGUCACGGAAGUGGAAACGGAAACGAAGCCUCUAUUAAAGGAAGAUGGAGGUGACGCCACGAAUCUUGAGCUUUCAGAGAAGAAGAAACCAAGAACGGUGGCAGAAACUGAACCUCACAAGUCGGAGAGGAAUUGUGAACUCAAACUCGACUUGGAAAAGUCUGAUCAUGCGGGAUUAGUGAACAAGCAUCAUAUUCAGAAACAACCACAACAACAACUACAUGUUCCUGAUAAAACAGCUCAAGCUAGCCCUUUGCCUCUGCACAUGUCAAUGCCUGGAUGGCCUGGUGGCCUACCUACAAUGGGAUACAUGCCAUCUACACAAGGAGUUGUGCCUACGGAUACUAGUUCCAUGUCAUCUGCGGCAAUGCAGCCUCCUCCGCAUUUACUUUUUAAUCAACCGAGGCCUAAGAGAUGUGCAACACAUUGCUAUAUCGCUCGCAAUAUUCAAUCGCAUCAGCAAUUCACAAAGAUGAAUCCAUUCUGGCCUGCAGCAGCCGGCUCAGCUCCAUUGUACGGGACCAAGGCCUGCAAUCUCAGUCUCAUGCCUCCCACAGAACUCCAGGGGAGUGUAUUGGGAAGAGGUUCCAACCCUGUUCCAGAUAAGAACUCUCAAUCUACUUCCAAAAGCUCAGACACAGCUCAGAGAAAUCAAAUAUUGCUCCAGCAAGCUCUGCCUCCGGGAGCAGCUAAUAACAUCAUGCAUGGUCCAACAUUCAUUUUCCCUGUGGGCCAACAGCCUCAUGCAGCUGCCACAAUAGCUGCCGCAUCUGUCAGGCCUCCUAGCAGUGGAAACACAGCUUCUUCUGGUGGGACAGCUAAUUCUAACUCCAUGAAUGGUUCUGCAUCAGCUACUCCAGCUGGUGCCCCAACAAUGACCUUCAGUUAUCCAGGCAUGCCGGGCAAUGAAACGCAGUACCUGGCCAUCUUGCAGAACAAUGGCUAUCCAUUUCCGGUCCCAGCACAUGUUGGUGCACCGCCUGCUUACAGAGGAGGUCCUGGGCAGCCGAUACCAUUCUUUAAUGGCUCAUUCUAUUCCUCCCAAAUGAUUCAGCCGCCACAUCUCCAGCCACAGAAGCAGCAACAACAGCAACAUCAGCAGCAGCAGCAAGCUGGUCAAAUGCUCCAGAGCCAUGGUCCAAACAACCAGAAUGGAAGUGUUUCCACUGGCUCCUCGCCAGCUCAGAAGCAUCUGCAGCAGAACCAACAGCUGAGGCCACCGAUAAGCCACGGGAAUUCCCAAGGCUUUCCAACUCAUAAAGUCCAAUCUCAGCCGUUGAGUUUCCAGCAGAGGCAGCAACCUAGAGAAAAUGCGACUCAACACAGCGAAACUGUGGGAGAGGAGAGCCCGUCAACAGCAGAUAGCCGGGGUUCUCGUUCCAAUGUUGGCUAUGGCCAGAACUAUGGCAUGCAGAUGCAGCCAACCAACUUGGGUUUGAUGAGCUCAGCUGCCCCAGGUGGUGGAGUGGUCGUAUCUUCAAGCAAUCAUGGUGAAAAGAAAUCACAGCAGCAGGUUCCAAAGGCUGGUGUGGAAUCUUUUCAAAACCAGGGUUAUGCUAUGACCUUUGCGACGUUCAACGGGGCUAACGCUGCUCCUUCCCUGAACAUGUCAUCGAUUGCUCAGAAUCACGCCAUGUUCCACAGCAUUCCCGAAGCAGCUAGGCAAGGUUAUCAAAUGAUGGCUGCGAAUGUUGCUGCUCAAGCAGCCCAACAGAAAAUGAACUACAGUGCUCCAUCAGAUGAUGGAAAGUCUGGGUCUAAUGCUGUUUCUGUGGAAGAACAAAGAAAGUCGGGAGGAGGAGCAACAGGGAAAACGAGUGGUGCUAAUGCUGGGCAGUCUAUUGCUUUCUCUAACAAACACGACUUGGCUGAUGCAUCUGUUUCUGCUGUAACGAGUGGUAGCAUCGUUGAUACAUCCCGCUUGCUCAACCUUGGUUCUGCUAUGCCACAGAGUUCCGGUUCUAUGCCGACGUCUCACCAUCAUCAGCAACAACAGCAACAGCAGCAGCAGCAACAUAUGCAACAGCAACAGCAGCAGCAGCAUAUGCAACAACAACAGCAACAGCACAUGCAACGGAGUCAGUCACAGCAACCUUAUACAACCAUGUAUCUCCAGAAGCAGCAACGCUAUGCAACUUCAGUCGCUGCUUCUGCUGCUAGAACCAAAGGGCCAGUGGCGAGUAAUGGGAGUGGUUUCGCUGAUCACAACAUCACCGUAUCACCCGCCGGAACCGCCAAGUUUCCAAAUGCCAAUUCCGGGUUCCCUCAAAACCUUGUCCAGUCAAGCAGCGGUCAGGUGCAGUCUCCUCAGUGGAAUAAAAAUUCACCGAGGACAACAAACACUUCCCAAGCUCAGUCUCCUUCCAUGCUGUCGCCGUCAUCAUCAUCUGUUGCCGCUGCAUCGUCCCUGAGAAACGUAUCGCAUAAACAGCAAAACCGUCCCCAGCAAUCGCAGAUAUCAUUUGCAGCGAACUCAAAACCCAUGGCUUCCGGUUCACCAGUGCAGCAGGUGCAAGGAGGUAGCAAUAACCAGGCUCCAUCUCCACCGAUGUUAGUUGGGUCGCCUUCUACGUCUUCUGUCUCCAAAAACGCCGGCGGAAGCCCAAGAACAACUGCUACCGCUUCGUCAGCGGGGAACAAAGCUGGACAAGCUUCCUCUACUACCCACUCAUCGUCUCAGCCGUCAAAGAACGUACAGCAGUCUGCAUCCGCAGCUUCUUCCGGUGGUGGAAGGAACAACGGUCCUUCUGUUCUCGGAAACCCCACUGCAAGCUCCGGAUCCAAGUCCCAACAACAGCAACAGCAACAGAUGCCAAAGCAUGGAUUGCAACCGCAAGCCCAGCUUUUCUUUUCAAAUCCUUACAUGCAAUCUCAGCAUCAACAACAUCCACCGCAGCAGAUCACUAUCUCUCCUUCCGGUGGUUACUACAUUCAGAGACAUCAGCAACAACCGGGUUCCGCAGCUGCUAGUCCUCCAGUCACUGGAGCUGUCACCGCCACUUCAGAUCCAGCGAAAGCCAUAGCCGCUGCUGCAGCGGCUGCUAAUAACAUGAAAGGAGGAGGAGGUAUGGGGAAGACGCAGCAACACCAGCUGGUGCCUCCAGGGUUCCCGUAUGUUCACGCGGUUCAGGUUAAACCUGUAGAUCAGAAGCAACAAGCGGCUUGUGCUGGCGAGACGAAAGAGACAGAGACUUAG